AUGUCUCGUCAACUCAUCUCCAGCGAGAAGUUCCCUACCAAGCCUCACAACUGCCCUGCCGUCAAGGUCCCCGGGCUCGUCUUUUGCGCAGGCCAGACUGCCACAGGAGAGAUUAAGCAGGCUACUAGAACCGUUCUGCAGAACCUGAAGGAGGUCCUCGAGCUUUCCGGAUCUUCCCUUGAGCAGGUUGUCAAGUACAAUGUCUACCUCGCCGAUAUGAAGGAUUUCGCCGCUAUGAACGAAGCCUACAUCGAUUUCCUCCCACAGCCCAUGCCUUCGCGCUCAUGUCUUCAAGCGGUUGCACCCGGAAAUGGCACCGUCAUUGAGAUCGAGUGUAUUGCGCAAGCUUAA